GAGGACCGAGUGUGAAGUGGUUCUCAGAUGGAGAUUAAAGGGACACCCCCACCCCCUAACAUUUCUAGGGACUGGGGUGAAAGGUGAAGCCAGAAAACUAAGUACGAGGGACGGACGAGUCAAGUACCGCUAAUCAAGAAAAGCUGGUGACGGCCGCCCUGGCGCACGCUCGCUCACGAGACAAACCGAUGCCUGCGAGGGGGGAGGAGAUGGGGUCAGCAAGGAGAAACGGCGGGUUCAGGUGGAAGCCUCUACCCCCUCUCCUCUCUCGCGAGGCGGAGACAAGGGCACAGGAAGGUACUUAGGCAGCUGCUCCGAGGACAAAUUGACAGAGCACUAGCCGCAGUUCCCUUCGUCAUACCGUGAGGAUCUUGGACAGAUUACAGAGAAGAGAGAGAAAAGGCAAAACAAAACAAACCUAGCAAAGAGACGGGGAAAAAAAUUCGACGGCCAAAUCCUUGUUGUCCCCCUGAGCAGCGCGUGUGCACACAUGUGACGUCUGGCGCCCGAGCUGACUGCGAGGUGAGGAGGAUCAGGCCAUUGACCGCAAGCGAGGGAGGAAGAGAAAGGGGGAAGCAGUUGUGCUGCUGGGAAUAUUACGCGGCAGGCGCUGGAACCUUUGCGGUCGGAUGUCUGACCGGCCCGCAGAAGAAGACGUGUGGUGUCUCCAGGCACAGGACGGCGGACUUGAAAACGUGACAGACCCUCUCCGACUAUCACCGAGCUAUUUUGGGUAACUGCAGCUAUGGUGGCAGAACACGCCGGCACCGACAUCGACAUAUUUGAAGGGCACAUCAGACCAAGGUCUAAAUCAUUUACGAGUGUAAGGUCAUUCAAAAACUUAUAUCGCAGUGAAAUUGACUCAGCUCUUGAGGAAGUUCAAUCACACAGGGUACCCAGCCAUCAUCACACUGGCGGUCAGCAAUAUCCCAGAGAUCCUCACAUUCACCAUCACCACAAACAUCAUCAUUCACAGGAGCAUAAUGAGUCAGCCCCAGUCCCAGAGCCAGAAGCAGAAAAUCACCCCAAAUCAUCAUCACCAACACCAAGGCAACACAGACACCGGUCUUGCAGGAAGGCAUCCAAACAAAGAGAAAAGUCCAGUCCUACAGGUGUGAGCGACGACAUGCUUGUGAACUUAUCCUUUUGUGGCUGUGGCUUCCUCGGCAUGUACCACCUGGGUGUGGCCUCCUGCCUCAUGAAGUAUGGACAGUCCUUUUUGUCGCGAGUGGAUCGGGUGGCAGGAGCUUCAGCUGGUGCCCUGAUUGGGGCACUGUUGGUGACGUCCCCAACACAACAGAAAGUUGAGUUAUCAAAAGAAGCCUUUAUUCAGCUAGCUAGAGGCAUCCGCAACAAGCCCAUGGGUGCCUUGACACCAGGCUAUCGGCUGAGUGAUGAGGUUGCCCGUCUUCUUGACAGCAUCCUGCCAGUCAAUGCACACGAGCUUGCACGUGGAAAACUGCAUGUCUCCUUGACUCAUGGAAAAACUCGCCAGAACAAACUUUUCUCAGAUUUUCAAUCAAGAGAGGAACUGAUUGAGGCACUAGUAGCAAGCUGUCACAUACCAUUUUACAGCGGAGCCAAGCUUCCUAUGUUCAGAGAUAAAGUUUACUUUGAUGGUGGACUGUCCAAUAAUCUGGUACGCUUUGGUGAGGGUCGAACUAUCACAGUCUCGCCAUUCAGCGGCAAGCAAGACAUCGGGCCUGAAGAUGCACACCACAAAGGCUUCAAGGGUUACUACGUCAAUCUUCACAACCAGGACCUUCAGGUCAACUUCAACAAUGUCCGCCGCAUGGCUCAUGCCUUCUUCCCUCCUCGAAGCUACAUCUUGCAUCAGUAUUUUGAGCUUGGACACAAAGAUGCUAGCCGAUUUUUGGUGAGGGAAGGACUGUAUGAGAUCCCUAAGCCAGAGGACAGAAAGCCUAUGGUCUAUGAGUCUUCUGUCUGAUAUUGGUCUGAGACUGUACUUGUUAGGAAAGAGACAAGAGCACUUCCAAAUACUGUUAACACAAGGAAACAUGGAAAAUAGGAGAAAUUAUAUUUGGGAGGUAGUAGCUUAUGCCUAUAGGAUGUACAAAGAGCUUGUAGACUGCUAUUGUGAACUGUGCUUUAGAAGGCAGUUCAUUUUUGUGGGUGUGUAGAUUUGUUUGUGAUUAAAAAAAAAUAUUUACAUACCUCAUAAAUACACUUUAUUUUCCAGUCAAAUCUACCUGCACAUGCAAGUGUACUCAUCUGAGUGCACUCACUUUGUAUUUAUAAUGGCACACAAGCAUGUGCAGACAUAUAAGUAGAGACAGACAUUUCUAUGAAGUGGUCUCUACUCCACUCCCAAGCAGUUGUUUAGCAUGCUGCAUCAUGACUGCUUUUGAUGAUAUUUUUGAUUCAUAAAUCUAGACUGUAAGGGAAUUUUGGAGAGAAAAGGAAUAACCUUUGCUUGAGAGUUCGUGAGAUUUGAUACUUGUGUAUGAUUUUAUAACUUUGGAUACUUUCACAUAAAUGUUUGGAGCGGUGACCAAAGAAGGGAUGAAAUCAAAGCUUGGAGGCGUCGGGCCAGGCUGCUUGCAACCAGCCAUUAAUAUAUCUUCCCCUUACUUCGUUUUCGCAUUGAGGAAGACACAUUUGUUUGGCAAGAGACUAUAAAUAUAUUUGUAUUAUUGAUUACUACUUACUAGUCAUCUUCAGGUUCAUAAGUACUGUAUAUAACAUGUGCAUGUUGGAAGCUUGUAAACAAUACACCCAUAAGUUUGGUUUUUUUUGUACAGAAGAUUAUGUGAAUGCUUAGGUGGAUGUGGUUUUAUUUGUUCAUGUGUGCAUGCAUGUUGAUCAAAUGAAUCCACAUAUAUUUAUGUCAAUUUGUAUUCUUAACAAAUGGAUGAUUUAAUUUGUUAAUAAAAAAAUAAUGCUUGAUUAAUAUUUUUCAAUCUAAUAAUAAUAACAGUCCAGUAUCAGCUGGACUCAUAUCGCUUUACCUACAUACAGGUGUGUGAGCACACAUAUUUAGGGUAGGCAUUAAAUGCAUCUUCAUGAUCACACAAACAUGCAGACAAUGCACAGCAAAAUAUAUUUAAACAAAGUUGAUGGAGCGCUCACCCCUCACCCCCACAUAAGCUGAAAGUGCCCCAUAAUAAAAACACAUAUAUCAAUAAUCAUGGAUGCUGAUUUUAAUUUAAGAAAGACAACUGCUUGCCCCUGCAAUGUGGCCACUCCUGUAGAAGGUUAUUGUCAUCAGCAUAGAUAGUCGGUAUGACACUCAUUGCACAGAAUUUUCGAUUUUUAAAAAAAUGUCCAUAAUAAAUUCCUGCCAUUCAUUAAAAUCAGUGAUGCAUACAAAAUAAAAUUUUGUGUGCAAGUUUUUGUAAGUUUCAAAAUAUUACAGUGGGAUAAGAAGAGAAUACGUUUGAGUGUGUGUUGUUGUUGGGCACAAGUGCUUUUAGUUUAAUAACAUAUUGUAGGGUUUAGGGGAAUGUUUACUUAGUUGUAUAUGUUACUUUACUGUAAACAAGUUUAUUAUAUAAUUUUGUCUUGUUAAGGUGUCAGAACAAAUUUGAUCAAAAAGAAAAAAGCUUGCUUGUGUAGGCACAGUUAUAUUUGUAACAUUUCAGCUGCAUUUAUUUCCCUUUGAUUCUGUCUCCCUUGUCACCCCUUCAAUGGAGUCUUUUUAUUUUUUUUCCUUCUUAGAGUUUUAGGUUUCCACCCAUGGGCUGGGGAGGGGGGGGGGUAUUUGUCCACAAAAGCUGCAAGAUAAUUUCUAAUAUUUUUUUUUAUCUUGCAUAUUUUCUACCCUAAUUUACAUUUUAAAAAAUACUGAGAGUCCACUGGUAUCAAAACCGAACAAGUGGGUUUAGAUUGGGAAAUUUUAGCUACAAUAUUUCUAUUAAUGAUGGUUAGUUUGGGCAUCAUAAUAUUUGGAAUUUCUUGCAGUUUAUUUACAUUCUUAUGCUAACAUGCAACUGAAAUACUUAAACCACACAAAAUGAUGUCAUGUUUGUACACUACAGACAAUGAGUUCCAUCAGCACUAUGAGAUGAGAAAGUAUAGGCUGGGUAUUCAUCAUUUCAAGAAAAAUUUCCUGAGAAUUUUUUUUAUGAAUUCAUCAGAAGCAUUGUGGGUUCAUGUUAACUAACCAUUUUGGUGUCAGAUUAGUUUUGUAUGCACACAGCUUAAUUUUGCUUGAAAGUCGGAGAUCUGUUGAAAUUCAUUUGGAGUUUACAGGGUAUUCUAUUUUAAAACGUCUUCAUCUUUCAUUUAUCAUCACACGAAGUUUUUCAACACAUGAGCAGAGAAAUGUGAAGAUUAAGCUUCGUUCUUUAUUUAUACUGAUAAUAAACAAUAAAAUCAAUGUUGACACAACAUAGUUCGUUUUAUGCAAAACGUGAGCUUGAACCAAAAAAAAGCAUGAAUGUCAAAAAGAACCUGUCGGCAUUGUGCUAAAAUUUUGAUAGAGUAACAUCUACAUGACAUUUGUCAGAAUGGGUCACGAAAAAUAUAGUUAAUGUUUGCUUGUAAUGAUAAUCAUAAAUACAGCAAUAUGGCGAAUAUUAUCUGAGGUAGAUUUUUUUUACUGGCAGAUCCACAAGCAAAGGACAGUACGAAUAAAUAUCAAAUUUGAACAUCAACCAUAUAGUAAUCAUGAACUAAACAUUUUUUUACAAAUAAUAUAUAUACCAUCUUUUAAAUCCCCAAAUUAUACCCAGAAAAAAAUAUUUACCAACAAUUAGAAAGCCUCCUUACACUAAGCACACAAAAAUGUAAAUUAUAAGUUUUCAAUGCUGACAGAGGAGUGUUCACAAAAAAGUGUUCACUAUAGUUUUCAAGCAAACUGGACAUGUCAAUUAUUUACAUCUAUGAAAGUUGGCUUUCUGAAUUACUUUACAAGUCGCAAUCAAUCUAAACACUGUCCUUCACGGAAAUUUUCACCGAAAAAAGGUAGAACACUAAAUAAUUUUUUGUAAACACAUAUGUUACAAUGCUGAGCAAUGCUUGUCACGACCAAUAAAAUUGAUAUCACACAAUUUCUCUUCACUGCCCCUGCUUCUCAUUUUCUUUCUCCCUCAGUCUUGUUCAAAGACAUAUCUAUUUACAAAUCUUUUCCCCAUGUAUCCCAGUACCAACGCACAACUUCGAUCACGAAAACGAAGCCUUUUAGCCCUACAUCACACUAGACAAGGCACGUAAGCUUUGCCUAGGAUUCACAGUCGAGGUUCAUAGAAUCUCUUUAUUACGGCAACCCCAGAGCGAAGCCAUAAUUAUAUUCUCUAUCACUGCCUUUUUAAUGGAUUAUUUCUUCUCAAAUAAGCGGUCAGAAAUGAUUCUCCCAGAAUUAUUCUGCAGAUAGACCACGUGUGUUCAUGCGUGUAUAGGAGAAAUUCUAUAACCUACAGCCCUCUAAGUCUAAGACAUCCAUGGAAGCAAAAUGCUUGAAACACUUCUCUGUAUGUGACAUCAUUUUCUUCUUCUAUGUAAAUAAAAACCAAGCCUGAAUGACGGAGAGCCAGUGGUAUCGGCUACGAAUGUAAUAAACGCCCCUUUUGAAAAACAGUUCCAUAUAAUCAAUGUUAAUUAUUGAAGAAAUAGAUUCGCAAUUUUUCUUCUCCGCUCCUUUUUUUUUUCUCUCUCCUUAUGAUAAAAUCGCUUUUAUGGUUGUUUUUUUGUGUGUUUUUUGUUUACCUUGUUUGUUUGUUAGGGUCGCUCUAGGGCUACCGUAAGCACGUUAGUGACGUGCCUUACGACGUCAUAUAUGACGUCAUGAUGCUACACAGUAGCUACCAAGCACUACAACAGAACAAACGGUCGAAUCUAGCUUGGAGGGUGCAGAAAAUGCUGUGUGUUUUUUUUUUCUUAUAUAUAAGUGUACAUGCUAUACGUUGUCGGAGUUGGUGUUAAGAACGAAAAAUAAAAACAAAAUAAAAAGCCAUAACACUCGCAACAACAGUUGUCAACGCAAACCGAAUACCUCGAUCAUGUCUGUAUAAAUUGCAUCUACACUUUGUAAAAGCUAGGCUUAUAAACUAAUCUAUUUAUAGUAGUGACAUUUAAAUAUUGAAAUUCUAUUGGAUUGAUGAUGUCUUUGAGAGCACGUUGAUUAUCAAAUUAUCAAGGCAAAUCUCUAUGUACUUAGAUUCUGCACCCUCAAAAGCGCUGCUUGGAAAGAUCGCCGGAAUGCUACGUUAUAAUGAAUUAGAUUACUGCAUCAAAAAAAAAAUCAAAUAUAGUAAAGUAAAUUAUUGCACGAUUUAUAGAUUGUUUACAUAUAUUAAAUAUUCUUCAGAUAUGUAUGAAACUGAACAACUGGUCGAGUGUUCUUCAAGACUAAAGACAUCACACUAUGAAAUCAGUGUUAUGGGUAGAUGUGCAACAUAUUUUUUUAAAGAUCUGGCACACGCGCACACAUUCAAGCUUUUAUACGCGAACUAACAAACUUAACUCACUCUUUCAAUCACACACACACAUGCACACACGCGCGUGCGCAUUUAUGAAUCUGUAGAUGCUACUCUUUCAAAGGGCGAGAAAUCUAUGUCCUGGCGGCUUCGAAAUCGCUCUUCACAAAAGGAAAGAAUAGUUCGCCUUCAGUUGCCUUUCCAGCGCAGUAGUCUUGACUGUGCAGACGACACAUUACGAACUCCUAAUAGAACGCAUCGGAGAGACUGUUUAAAUGAGAAGGCGUGCAAAAUAUUUCUCCAGGAAUCUUGAACAGAGCGGCCUUGUAUGCUUUGACGGUGGGAUGGAUGGUCAACGCCGAAAAAGGCAGAGGAUCGUGAAAGGUCCAGGUCCCGUGGAUGCAUUAUGUUUGACGAGUAGUCGCGAGCGUUCCGCAGAAAUGAAGAAACUGUGAACAGCCAAAGUCAAAAUCAUGACGUCAGAACACAACAAAAGACG